GUGAAAUUUGAUCGCACGCGCGCGCGCGUGGUAUUUCAAAUAAGUCGUUGCGGCAGCCGCCGCGGACCAUCUCGCCGAGACGGCCAGCCACAGCGCGCUGCCCCUUGGUUCCGGCUCACUGCCACCCAGAUAAAAAUAUUCUUCCGGCUGAAGCCGCGCUGCACACGCCGUCGCGCUGCCCCACCUGGAUAAAAGUACUCUGCGCAUCAGCCUAACGCGACGAGCAGCAGGAUGCCGCCGCCCCUCCAGACGUAUGAGGACGAGCUGCGGGACCGCACGGCCUUGCACAUGCAGGUGGCCGACCUGACACAAUCACAAGAUUUCAGGCGCGUCUACGGCAUUCCCGAUGAUACUGAUGAUGCCGACGCGGCCUGGGAGCGCGAUGCUAUCCUGGGCCGGUUUUCGCGCGCGCGGCGCGGGGACGUGCGGGCGGCGGCGGCGUUGCUACGGAACGACAUGAAGUGGCGCGCGGAGCAUAGAGUCUGUGAACUGCGCUCUACCUCAGCAGCCCAGGUUCUGGGCUGCGACCACAACGCCCCGCAGACGCUGGCGCACUACUACCAGCGAAGGUUGCUGGGUGUCGACGCGGCCGGUAGAGUUACUUUGUACCAAAACUACCGGACGAUGCUCGCGAAAGAUUUGAAGAGACACAUCCCUUUGGAUACGGUAUUACGAUUCCACGUCUGGGAGCAGGAGCGGUGUGCUAGUAUUGCGGAUCAUAUACGACGCAUUUCUCGGAGCAGAGGUGAUGAUGGCUCGUUGGACUUCCCCGCAGCCUCGACCCUAGCCGUACUGAUAGAUGUGGGCGACAUGAGCAUAACACGGCAUGCAACGAGAGAUUUUAUGGCCAUCAUCAAGGAGGUCGCGCGGCUGGACCAGGACCACUUCUGCGAGCGGAUGGGCGUGUGCUUCAUCCUGAACGCUCCCGGCGCGUUCGGCCUCGUUUGGAGGAUCGUGCGGCCGUGGCUCGCGCAUGAAACCAUAAGAAGAAUACAUGUGUUGCAUGCCAAGGACGACUGGCGGAAAGUAGUGUCGUCGAAGUGCGGUCGCGAGAUUUUACGGAAUUUAGAUGAAGGCGUGGAUCUCGACGAUGCCGCUUUAGAUCCGGCGCUCAAGCUCAAGAAGGAGAAGACCCCAGAAGCAGUGGCGAAGAUGCUCGUGGAGCACCGAGAUCGACUGGCCGAGCUCCAGAUGGACCCCGAGCAUCGCUCGGCGGCAGCGAGGGCGCGGUCGGCCAUGGCUCUCAUGCGGACGCCGUCGGAACUGAGCUCGACGGAGGCCGGGGCCACGACGUCCGUCGAGAUGGUCCGCCAAGCUUCUACAAUAGAACAAUCGUCGGAGGGCGAUCUCGAGGCGUUCGCCGACUGCGUGAGCCCCCAGCUGUCGCCGCGCGAGGCCAUGCGCGAGCUGCGGGAGGCCGACGAGCGGCGGUCGGGCAAGACGGUCGCGUGGUUGGCUACGUGUCUGACGCGGUUGGUGUUACUCCAAGUCCUGGCGACGGGGACGCUCUUCGUGUUAGCUUUGAUUGCUAUUUAUUCACGGUUCGACUGGGACCCGCACCUGCCCGAGGUCGGGAUUCUGUUAGGCGUGGCCUCCGUGAUGUUCGCGACUCUCGGCUAUGUGGGUGCGUCUCGAUUGAAUUUAGGUGUACUACGUGUACACGCCACGGCCCAAGGUCUAUUGACCGUGGCCUUUCUGGUCCUAGCCAUUGCAUCGUUGGAGGUCGCGUUAGGUUCGUCCAAAGGAUUCUUUUUUAGUAGAGCGGCUCGAGCGUCGGUACGACGACAUAACCUGUCCGUGGGACUCGCGUCGUUGGCCGAGCUCGUGAUAGGCGUGCCCCAAGUAGCCUCGUCGAUACUCCUCCGAAGGAGACUGUCCAUUUUAUUAUCCUCGAAAGGCUUUGAUGAUGUGGCCGACGCGCGCUUUGCUCUGCGAGUGAACGCGGGUGUGUUGGUACUGUUAGGUUUGGCUGGUUUAUCCUUCGCGUCGGCGACGGUGUCGUACUUCGUGCAGCACCAUCUCGGCGCGUCGGCCUUCGCGCCCUACAUGUUGUUGGAAGGUAGUAUCGCUUUGCUGGUCAUCGCGGCGGUGGCGAAGUGGUGCUCGGUGCAAGGUACUCGUGUUUCAGCUGUUAGUGGGUACACAAAGCUCGCUCGGUUAGGCACGGUCUACUUCGGCACGGCGGCGGCGGUGGCCGUCAUCGUCCUUAUCAAUAUAGGGGAUAAGGUCCGGCGGAAGGGCGUCGAGAAGAAGUCGGUGGAGGCGCGGGCGACGGGGUUACUCUUGCUUCUAGCUACUUGUGACGCCGUCGUCGCUGCGGCAUUGCUAGCCUCCGCUGAUAGCGCCAGGAAGCUCCACGCGUCGCGCGUUGCUGAACGGGAGAAGGAGCAGGAAAGACGCACAAUACUACGGAACCGGCGGCGCGCGCGUCGACGGCCCUCGCAAGAAGAAAGAAGACCGUCGCAUGAGGACCGGCCGGGCCCCUCGCCGUUAAGAGCGGCUUUACGAUUGGUCGCGGAGCCGGGCCAGUUAAGAGACGAAGACGAGGACGCGAUCGACGACGAGGUGGAUAUCAGUGAAGCGCAGUUCGACGACGAGGAGGAUCCCGAGGACGCGCCGCCGCUGACACGUUAUGAAAGGGGCGCCGUGGCCUGGGGCUUGUUCACGGGGCUGAUUCAUAUUUUUCUGGACGGGACGUUCGCGGUGUUCAACCACCUGGUGAGCUUCGAGAACGACCAGGGUCGACUGCAGCGGCCCUGGUUCGUGGAGGCGUGGCACCUCUGGGGCGGCGUCGAUAAGCGCUACCGCAAGUCGGACUCCUUCAUCGUGGUCCAGGUCGCCGCGAUGGCGUUGGUGGCCGGGCCGGCGUGUCUCAUCUUCGCCUGGGCGACCUUUGAAAGGACGGUCUGGCGCCAUGCCCUUGGGGUCUUGGUCACGACGGCGCAGAUGUGGACGCUCGGGUUGUACUUCGCCACCGAAGCACAUGUGGAUUUCGAGGACACGGACCGAAGCGACUUCGUCAAGUUCUGGCUGCUGUUCGUGGGCACGACAGUCAUCAGAUUUCUGCUGCCCGUGCCGGUCCUGUGGGGCUCGAUCAAGGGCGUGAUGCGGGACGCGGAGUUCCACCACCGGUGGCAUUUGCAAUAUAGGCAGCUGUCCUCGUCGGAACGGAAGCGGGCGCUCGAGCUCGAGCCUGCUUUAGACGAUCCGCUGUAGGGUAUAAGAUUAUUGUGUGAUA